AUGGACCUCAGCCCUAGCCAGUUCUUCGACUUCUACGUCACUAGGAGCAACUCCUCGGUGAGGGGCUCCUUCUACCUCACUCCCAGGGAAAGACGAGGGAUCUUCGUCAUUCCCAGCAAAUACUCGCACCGGGAUGCUAACUGGCAGAGGAAAUUUUUCUUCUUCCGGGUUUCACCGGAGACAGCGUUGUCGCUAGACGCCUUUCAAGGGUUUCAACCCGAUUCUGCUCCAAUAUCACCGCAACAUCCUCCAGGCUAUCGCUUCUCCGGAGGGGCAACACCGAUUGGGAGUCCUUCACUCCCCUUCGGAUCGAGAUGGCAUAUCGCCGGCACGCCCGGCAGCACACUGCUCUGA